AUUUCUUCGCAAACGUGACCCUCAUCAGCGUUAAAACCAGUUACUCUAAACUAACACUUGCAUAAGACUGUUUACGAUGCAAUCUGUCCUCAAUGAUGUAAGAUUACGGCUGGAGCGACUUGUAAAGACAUACUUACCCACAAACUUAUUCGCUUCUUUUCGUUUUAGCGAUAGCUUCUUUAGUAGUUGACAGGACUAUCUAUGAUGUUUGGUAAAAUUGAGUGUUAGUGUUGGCAGUGUUUUUUGAGUGUGUUGACUGGUCUUUGGAUUUUAAAAAUGUUCGCCGGCAAAGUGACCAUUUUGCUGGUAUUCUGUUUGGUUUGCCGUGUGACUAUGACCAAUGGAGCGAUUAAAUUAAUAACGACGUUAUUACGAGACAACGUCGCUGGCGCGCCAGUUGUUCAUCAAACCCAAAAGUGGCCGUUCCAUCCGGACGAAGGUUCAAGAAGAAAUCCCGAAUUUGAGGCACUUAAUGGACACCAUGCUUAUUAUCUGAUCGAACGUUUUGGGUUAGGUACAGAUGGCAGACAAGCCGAGCGAAAAUAUCAACAGACGAUCAGAGAUCUAGGCGUGCCUACGACGUCCUACGAUAAAGUACAAAUAUAUUGAUCAUUGGUAAGUUGAAGUUUUAAAAUUUUUCAACUCGUUUAAAAAUUUCAAAUCGUCCAAAUCAAUAGUGUCAAAUUAUGAUCGCAAAAAAGUACAAUUUUUUAGCGUAUAAUUUUAAUGUAUUUUUUUAAAAAAACACAAUGUAGGUACCCAUCUAAUGCGGAAAAAAAUACGUAAAAUUGUGCAACAUGUUGGAAAUUUUUACACGUAAAUUGUAACGCUAGAAACGGUGUGAAUAAAAAAGAUCUCUAAUCGUUAGACAAUAUUAUUCGGCGGUAUACAUCACAUCAAUUAAACUUUCAAAAGACUUGACACGUGGGUACAAAGUCAUGUACGAAAAUGCUGGAACAAAGCCAGAUUCCUUAUUAAAAAUUUAAUAUCGCAUUAAACGAUGAUAAAAUCUCCAUUGUUAUCCUUUAUGCACAAAAGUGCUGUUUGACAAACGCCCUGCGCUUGUUUUUCGCUUAAUUAUCAUCUUAAAGCCUAUAUAGCGACGUAGCGACCUUUUUAAGAUGAAUGAAGUAGGUAAAUAAAAUGAUGGAUAUGUAUAAAAAAGAGUAAAAUGUACCUAUAACAUUUUGAUUGUUGUAAUAUUAAAUAUCCCUACAUCGUGUAGGAAUUGUGUAGAUAUUUGACGUGUAUAUAUUGUAUAUUGAAAGUAUAUUAUUAUUAUCUUU